UGAUGCAGACAGUCUAAGCAGACUUGUUUGCAUCGUGAUCUCAAGUUAUUUAUCACCGAUACGGUGUCGUGCCAAUCGUUUGUGUGUGUGUGGUCCCACAAGGUGUCAUUAGACGGAGACUAAAAUGAACGAUUUCGAUUCAUAAUUUUUGUUUUAAGUUUUAAGUUUCUUCACGAUUAUGCCUGAAUAGCUGGCUGUAAUUUAGCUAUUCGUAUUCUCAUUGCGAUUCAUGGGCUUGUUUUGGCCCGUUCCUGUUGCUGGAUCGUUUACUUCGUUCUGAAGAGGGAUGCCACUGACAACUGUAAAUGAGCUCAAAUUUAGGCAACGUUGACUAUCGAUGCAUAUAUUGACUACUUUAUACUCACUGCUCACCUGCUAUAAAUUUCUAUGCCUUGAAACAGCUGACACUUACCUCAAAAACUCAGUAGGACGCACUCCUAUUGUUUUUAAUCUGUUCUCGUUUAUUCAAAGAAAAUGUGAGUAAAAAGAAGCCAGGUCGAUUGAAAAGUGAAAUUUAGACAGCACUAUAGACAGACAUUGUUUUGCCUCUGGCGAUAGCGAUUUCUAUUUGUUUCCCUCUCUAGAAUAGUCAACCGUUCAGAAAGUUGCCGCUAUUUUGAAGGUGCCUGUCUACAUGCCAUUUCCCAUCAAACUUGGUGUUUCCUUUUGUGUGUUACACUCUUUUCAGUACGCAUGUUUGUCGUGGCUAAGCAGCAAAAUCAAUGAUAAGAGAGGCGAAGAAAAGGAGAGACAGGGAGAUAUAGAAACAAGAGAUGUCGAGCUGCGGUUGAAAGAGCACGUGCGAGAGUUACACAGGAAUCCACAAGCCCACAGACAUCAGAGUGCACAAGUGCAGAGGGCGAAUCGACCGAGGAACCAAUCCGUUUUUGUGAGCGUGUCCUUAUGCAAGUUUCGGAAACAAGAGGAGAAUAGAAAAGAGGGACAUGAGAGUUCAGGGUACUACAAGGUGCUGUAGCAGUGUAUACGUAUAUGCAACGGGAAAUCAAAAAAACGGGGACAAAAAUGCAAAGAAAAAGUCGAAUAAUAAUGAGAAGAUGAAGACGAAGAAGAUGUGCAAGCCAAAAGUAGCUAGUGGCAGCUGCAAUGUAAGCUGGAUCAAUGCUAGCGACACGCACACAGUAUCAUCUUGCUCAAUUGAACCUCGCUUUGGAUGCCGUCUAUGACAUCCUUACGUGAAAACAGACCGCCCCUCUUAUCGCGUUCGUAGCAAAACCUUGCCAGCCUCCCUUUUCUUUUUUCGCUAUAUAUCUGGUGCAUGCGAGAAAUCGGACGAGAUUUCUCAGCUCGCCGACUGUGCACCAUCCUCUCUCUACAAGUCGAUGCUGUGCGUCUAUGCAGAGGCUACGCAUCGAUUCGCUCUCACAGAACAAGAGCAACGGUUGCGAGAGUAGCUGCUAACACAGAACUUUGAAACCGACUAACCGUAGCUCGCACGGCAAACACACACCAACGGUCUUCCACAAUCAGCAGUUCUGUGAAGGAAAUAAGACCAUGUGAACGUAUCCAGAUACAGCGCUCCAGGUGGCAAGUGGUUGGUGGUGGUGCACUGGUGGCUUCAAUCACUGCGUCAACAUCCGUACCCAUCACGUUUACGUACCCUCAUUACACGAACUUUUCUUUUUCUUUUUAUUUUUUUCCUUUUUUUUUUUUUUUUAUCUUUGGUAAUCGAUAUGCAAUUAGCGUGUCGAAAUAUCGACGAUCCAAAAGUAGUGUACAUGUGCGUAUACUUCUAAUCCGUCUAGGGGAAGUAGUUGUUUCAAUUUGAUCGAUGGAAAUGGCCCAGUGGCAGCUUCGUAGAAACUUAUCUCAUCAGAUCCAAUGGCUCAUCUCCUGUGAUGGAUGUACGUAGUAAGAAGAAGGAACAUGCCAACGUCGCCGUAUCGAGAAGAUGCGUGGCAUCGGUGACGUUGCCUUUUCUUGACGUUUGUCACUCGCUGGUGCCACGUUUCACGUUAACAUCAGCCAAUGGAAGAACCGAAGAAACAAUAACUAGAAGCAGUUGCCAAUAGAACAGGAACUUCAUUGAUCUAAUCACUAAAAAAACAAAUUGAUAUACUAAACAUGGAUGGAUGCUAUCCAGUUCACCGGCGGCGCAGGUCGCUGCCCAAAUUGGCAAGUCACGACGAUGAUGACGGGCUCAAUCCAAAUGGCCAAUUCCCAGGGAUCGGAACUUUUGAGCCCAUUCCACAUGACCACGAUUUCUGUGAGCGGGUCGUCAUUAACGUGAGCGGACUAAGAUUCGAAACCCAACUGCGCACUCUGAACCAGUUUCCUGAAACGCUUUUGGGUGAUCCAGCUCGACGGAUUCGCUAUUUCGAUCCAUUGAGAAACGAAUAUUUCUUCGAUCGCAAUCGGCCUUGUUUCGAUGCCAUCCUUUAUUAUUACCAGAGUGGUGGCAGAUUGCGGAGGCCUGUCAACGUACCACUCGAUGUUUUCUCCGAGGAAAUCAAAUUCUAUGAGCUUGGUGAUUCGGCCAUCAGUAAAUUCAGGGAGGACGAGGGUUUCAUAAAAGAGGAAGAAAGACCGCUUCCCGAAAAAGAGUGGAAAAGAAAGGUGUGGUUGCUAUUCGAAUAUCCAGAAAGUUCGCAAGCUGCCCGUGUCGUAGCCAUUAUCUCCGUAGUGGUCAUCCUGCUUUCAAUUGUUAUAUUCUGUCUUGAAACUCUGCCAGAGUUUAAACAUUACAAACUUUUCAACGCCACCAACAACCGGACGCGAAUCGAGGAGGACGAAGUGCCCGAUUUCACAGACCCUUUUUUUCUCAUCGAAACAAUUUGCAUAGUGUGGUUCACGUUCGAAAUCAUCGUGCGCAUCAUAUGUUGUCCAAACCAACGAAACUUUUUUAAAGAUAUGAUGAACGUCAUCGACAUUAUGGCCAUCAUUCCUUACUUCAUAACGUUGGCCACUGUCCUAGCAGAAGAAGAGGACAUUGAUGACGGAAUCCAAAGAGGGCCGCCACAGGAGAGGAGCAGCAAUCAAGCCAUGUCGUUGGCUAUCCUUCGAGUCAUCCGACUUGUUCGAGUGUUUCGAAUUUUCAAGCUCUCUCGCCACUCCAAGGGACUCCAGAUUCUAGGUCGCACGCUCAAGGCCUCAAUGAGAGAACUAGGACUUUUGAUUUUUUUCUUGUUUAUCGGCGUAAUAUUAUUUUCAAGUGCCGUCUAUUUUGCCGAGGCUGGCUCGGAGGUAUCCCACUUCAAAUCCAUCCCGGAUGCUUUCUGGUGGGCCGUAGUCACGAUGACCACCGUCGGCUAUGGUGACAUGACGCCAGUGGGGGUGUGGGGGAAAAUCGUGGGGUCACUUUGCGCGAUUGCUGGUGUACUUACCAUAGCCCUUCCCGUGCCCGUCAUUGUCUCCAAUUUCAACUAUUUUUACCACCGGGAGACAGAUCAAGAGGAAAUGCAGUCGCAAAACUUCAAUCACGUCACCAGUUGUCCUUAUCUUCCUGGCACGUUAGGUCAUGCGCGCAACAAACGAGAUUCUUUAUCUGAUUCCGGGGGUUCAGACAUCAUUGACUUGGAGGAAGGCCUGCUGCUUGAGACGCCACUGACCAAGAAACAAAACUGCAGCACCCGCUAUAAUAAUAACAUCAGCAACACCAAUGUUUUUACUGUUGAAACGGAUGUUUGAUUAUUGCAAAAUCUGGUGACAUACCAGCCUCGUUGUCUCGUGUAACUCCUCUCUCACGACGAGUUAGUUAACUCCAUCGCCAUCGUAUGGCGAAACCAGAUCCGUAGUUGUGCAUCUGUAGUCUUCCGAUCCUAUACAAGCGUGAAACAUUACAACCAGAAAUAUUCACGAAAAUCCUGCAAUUUAAAAUACCACAAUCUAUAAAAAACGAAAUUUAGACAGAAAUGCAUAAACAAGUCCCAUCAAUUGUUAACUACACGCCUUCAAUACUUGCGCCAAGCCACAGUGCUAAUCAUAGUACGCUCCUUGAAAACGAGACUAUCGGUCCCUCCACCCCUCCAUGUAAAGGAUUUAGACAUUGCCAUCCUUUAAAUGAAAUUUGGUUAUUCAAUACCAGUAGUUCAUGGACGUCAUGGAAGCGAUGGCUCUGUCAGAGGCGCUUAACAAAGAAAAUCGCUAAAAGCAAUAUUUCUACACUUUUCUUUUGUUUUUUUUCCCCAAAGACCCACGCUAUUCUAGCAUCCCUGCAGUUUUACUAAAAUUCUUUCUUCUGAAAAAAAAAAAAAAAAAAUUUAGUUUUGUCUAUCCUCGUUAGGAAACGCCCGUCACUCUGUAGUUAAUAGUUACACAAUUAAUCUUCACAUAGAACUCAUUCAUUUUGCAGAAAGUUAUGCUCGGAAGAAAACUAAAGUAUAAAACUCCUAAACUUAUUUAUUUUCUUUUGCGUUUUCUUUUUUGUCUCUCACAUGUCUGGCGCGCAUCUACAGUUAAAAUAUAAAAAAUAAAAAAUAAAAAAAACAAAAAAACAAAAACAACAUGGCGGCGGCAAAACUGAUAUGUCAGAGUUUUCAAGUUACGUAUGGCUUAAGUAUCGGACGAAGUAAUUGAACAUACCCUUUUUCCCAAACAUAAACUCCCCAGCAUCUUCUAAGCCUGUCGGUUAUUUUGCAGUGCUGUAAAAUCAGUACGAAUACCGUCCAUCACUUGAUAACGAAAAUUACCGGGGAUUUCCAGUUGAAAUCUCGAAAUAUUUCACCUGGUACGAUGUGGUGGUGAAUAGUGAAAGAUUUGACUGUGUUUAUGCUCUUAAUGCGCGGGAGAUCUCCUGAACCGACCUCAGAAUGGCUUUGCAGCAUGCAUGGAUGUCUGUCACACGUAAAACAAAACUGAUUAUGGAACAGGGUAUACCCAAAAAAGAAGUGAAAUUGCGGUCACGCCACAUCUUGGCAUUUCGUAAUCACUCGCAAAAUGUAAAUGUUUCAACAAAUUUUGAGGUAUACUGUAUUUCCAGUGCCUUAUAUCUUGAUUCUUGGUCCUAGACUCAAAUAAGGAAAACCAAAAAAAAAAAAAAAAAAAAACUUAGGAAAAAAAAAAGAAAUCGAAUGACAAGAAGACCACCAAACAAGACUUUCUUAUAGUGAUAGACUGUUAUUUUGAGGAGAGCCCUUGUAAAGUUAUUGUUACCGCCGUUAAGGUUGCUAGACUACGAUUGCAUGCUUAAUCUUUCGUAAUUAUUGACAAGCUUCGAAAUUUUGAAUUGUGAAUAAAGCAAUCAAUGUACAUAAAAACUAAGGAAAGUUACACGUUUUGUCUGAUCGUCCCACAUUUGCGAGACGUGUUUAUACAGAUUAAGCCUGUUUAUCUCAACCCAGCAACAAUUGUACGAAAUAUUUUUACAAUACGAUCUGUCCUUUUUCCCCCUAGUGCUGAUGUUAGUUAGAAAUACUCAACUAGCUACAUCUCUUUUUCUAAAGAAAAUUCUUACUCACUUUUGCACUGAUCGUCUCUAGGUAUACACACAGUACAUCUCUAUAACCGUUCUUUCUUCUUCUAUCUAGUUAACUAAAGCUCCCUCUCGUUUUUCCAAAUCUCUAUCCUCGCCUCUAUUUCUCUUUCACACUUUCUCUGUAUCUUUCUCUCUCUUCUUCAAGCAAUAAUUCUCUCUCAAUAUUUUGCUAUAAAUCUGUAUCUGUCCGUUAUUCUUUACAUCUGCAGCAAUAUUGGUGUUUCAAAUCAGACUCGUUCGAAAAUAACGACAAUUAUGCUUGGGCGCUAGCUAUCCUUCUAUCCAUAUCAAUCAUCGUAUUUUGACAGUAAGAUCAUUUCAUCCUACUGUGUCCCCCUUAUCUUCGUACCAUCUGUCAUGCGCCAAGCCAUUUUCUGUUUGGGAUCUUGAUAUCAGAAUUUUUAAUUAAGAAGGUUGAAUAAAUUCUUACAGUGAUCGCGGUCAAAUGCACGAGAACUCACGAAUCUAUCACUGAAAUUGAAUCCUUUUGAAUCUGUUGCCAACAAACUCUAUUCUUUCCUGCUCCGAUUUUUCAUUUGCCUAUUCUAUUUAUAAAGACCUUUCAUCUUUCAUCAUUGAUUAUUUUUUAAGUUAUUUCUCUUAUUACUUCAACGCUAAUUAGUAGCCUUUUCGAAACUAAAUUCAACAGAAUGAAUGACGAAAGAAAAUGAUUGGUCCAAGAAUAAUCUUGACAUAUCAUUUCUAUGAUGUUAGUGGCGAGUCUGAGAGGAAGCUGUAAAACGUAGUAGCAAAAUCCGUAUCAAAUUGGAAAUGGACGAGGGACCGUAGCUUGACACUUUUCUUUCUUUCCUUUUUUUUUAUUUUUUCCUUUUGUUUUUUGAUGAAAUGAAACGCUAAUUAUUCGAGUUAUUUGCUAUUCUGAUUUUGCAAUCAUCGUGUACAACCCAUGGAAGCAUCCCAAACUCUUUUCCCCAAUUUUCCCAAAUUUUCGUGUCGAAGAUGCCACUACAGUAGACCUUAUUUUCAGUUGCCCUCUCUUGCGUGAAGUAUCAUAUCGACGACUUGGUGAACUUUGUGCUGUAUUUCCUCCGUUCCCAACCCCAGUUUUUAACUCAACAAAUGCUCAUCUCCAAGGUCUACAUGUUGUGCAUCCAUUGUUAUACCAUAAAUCCUUGAAUUACUCUUAGUAUAAAUAGGUUGAGUCCAAGUAUGUAACUGUACAUUUUUAUGAUUAUACUGAAAAUGAAUUUUGGAAUGUGAACUA